GCCUCCUUAGAAUUGUUUUCCCUGUUCCAUCCUAGCCCGGAAGUUACGAGAUCCGACAUUAUGGACCGGCCAAGUGGGUCAGCACUUCGAUUGAGUCUAUGGACUGGGAUUCAGCCAUCCAGACUGGCUUUACAAGGCUGAACAGCUACAUUGAAGGCAAAAACGAGAAAGAGAUGAAAAUAAAGAUGACAGCUCCAGUGACAAGCUACGUGGAGCCCGGUUCAGGUCCUUUUAGUGAGUCUACCAUUACCAUUUCCCUGUAUAUCCCCUCUGAACAGCAAUCUGAUCCGCCCAGGCCUUCAGAGUCAGAUGUCUUCAUUGAAGACAGAGCCGAAAUGACGGUGUUUGUACGGUCUUUCGAUGGAUUCUCUAGUGGCCAAAAGAAUCAAGAACAGCUCUUGACAUUAGCAAGCAUUUUGAGGGAAGAAGGAAAAGUUUUCGAUGAGAAGGUUUACUACACUGCAGGCUACAACAGUCCUUUCAAAUUGCUUGAUAGAAAUAAUGAAGUAUGGCUGAUUCAGAAAAAUGAACCCUCCAAAGAAAAGGAAUGAGAAAAUGAGAGGAACGUUCAUCACAAAACUUCUGUUUAAGAUAGACAUCAACGUUACCUAGAAGUAAAAUGUGUCUGGCAUCUCUACCCGAGAGUACUGCUAUGAAUUAAGCUUAUCUCCAUUGUGCCUUUUUAAUGCUUGAAGCUUUAGAUACACAGAUAACAGGGACAGUAUUCUAUAAACAUGUAAGUUGGUCUUUAUUUCUAUGAGGCUCCAGGGAAACACAUUACUUCCCGUUUCUUCACUGUAUCACAAUCACGUUGCCUUUUCUCUGCUUGGAUUUGUGUCAAUUGGAUGUUACCCACCUCAGGAUAUUAUCAAUAAAAAUGUUAAAGAUUUAUCUCCCAAUA